UUUGUAAUAUCUCAAUGAGUAGAAAGUUAGAUUUUCUGAAGUUUCGUGACUUAGUGUUGUUCCUUUGUACUAUUUAAACUUGGAUUAAUUUUAAUUUGGUUAUUUAUUCCCUUAUAUUUUUGUUUCGAAGUGACAUGUUCCAACCUACUUCUAACUUUAUGAGCUGUCAUUAUCAUAAAUCUGCUUCAUUCUCGUUUUCUACUCACAUUUUGUAUUUAGGCAAUUACCUUUUACAUAUCUAUUUCAUAUAUGGGCUUAAAUAAUCAUCUUUUUUCAAAAUCUAACUUCUUAGUCGAUCACUAAAAUAGUAACAAUUUUAAAAAUUUUCUCUCCAUGGAAAUUAAAACGUAACGAAUACAACUGGACAUUUAAUUCUUGUUUAUUUGAUGAGAUAGAAAACAAAAGAUUUUUUAAAAAAAGAAAAGAAAAGCUCAAAUAGAAAAGUGAAUUCUCGAAACUUAGAAAAAUGACUAACAGUUUAUCAUGUUGACCAAUCAAAUCAAAUAAUAAAAUAAAUAGAAUUAAAAGGUUUGAAUAAUUUUUUUCUGGUUAGCAUUUUUUAGCGAGUUAAUUUUCUACGGGAUGGGGUCGCUAACCCCAUGCCCAACCGUCCUUCUUUAUCCGGGCUUGGGACCGGCAGUAGCCCCCUGAGGGACUCCAGGCAGAGUUAAAUACAAUUACAUCCUGAAAUUAAAUAGAAUUUAUUUAAAAACAAUGAUUGUUUAAAAAUAUUUACUGUAUACUUUUCAGUUUUAUAUAAGUUCUUUAAGAUUAUUAUCAACACUUACUCAUUUAUAGUGUUUCCUAUCGAUUUUUUUGUUUUGUAAUAAUUUGUGCAUCAAAACAGUUUUUUGAUGUUGACUAAAUUAACUUUUAUUAAAGUACAAUAAAUUAGUUAUAUGGAUAAAAAAGGACAUAAGUUUUAUAUAAGGUAUAAAGUACUUACAUGUCAACGGUUUAUUAAAGGAAUCAUUGACUAUAUAUAUACAUAUAUCAAGUGAUCCAACUACUACAACUUUGAGAUUCGUUGUCCAAUCAAACGUGUUUAUUGAUUUUUUUUGAACGAAUAAUUUAUCCAAUCAUAUUAAUUUAUCAAUUACCUUAGUAACUCAAAAUUUUGUUUUAAAAAAAGACAACAAUAAUUAGUUUUAAUUUUAUGUCUUCUAAAUCUAAACGUCAUUGUAAUAGUGUAUUAUGGUUUAUAACAUUAAUUAUUUUUGCUAUACCUAUAUCAUUAUGUUUAUCAUGGAUCUAUAUAUUAUUAAUUAUUUGUAAUCCAUGUUCAGAAAGAUUAACUGAAUGUACAGAAAGUUUAUUAAAAGUAAUACAAUGGCCAUGGACAUGUGCUCAAAAUAUGUUACGUGGUGAAUCAUAUUUAGAAUGUUGUUGUUGUUGUUGUUAAAUUAAUUUAAUUAUGUAAAAAAUAAUAAUUUUUAAUAUUUAUACAAAUUAAUUCAAUGAUAAUUUCAUUUCAUAUUACAUAAUAGAAGAUACCUAUUGGAAUUAUUCAAUAUUCAUUGAAACAAGGGGUUUUUUUGAAAAAAAAAUGAAAAAAAACUUACUAUUCUGAAUGUAUUAUCAAAUUCAUUAAUACAUCCCUUAUUUUUAACCUUUGUAACACAUUAUAAUUAUGGACCCAUAACUGUAGAGCCUGAUGAUGGAGUUAUUGAAAAUAAUUGUUCGCUUAAAUAUUCGUCAUUUUUUGAUUAUCUAUAUUUGUAAAGAGAAAAAAAAUUUUUCUUUUGUUUGAUUGUAAAUAACCAAUUUUUCUAUAAACUAGAACAAAUAUUUUGUAUAUGUUAAUGUAUGAUGAAUAUUGAAUUCACUGUUUAAACGUUAGCUAGAAUUGAAUAAUAUGAUAAAGUAAUAAAAGUUUAUUGUAUGCUUAUUUCUUGGAUUGUUUGUACAUGGGAAAUAAUCAAAUAGAGAUUUGAUAACUUUUAGUAAUUUAAUUUAUUAUCUUUAUCAGUGAAUAAGAAGAAGAGAAAAUAAUACAAAUCAUUUUGUAAAUUUCUAUGCAUUAUUCAUAGAAUUAUUAUUGGGUAAAAUAAGUACGUUUAUGAUAUUCAUCUUAUUGCCUUUAAUAAGUGUUUAGUUAAUAUUAAAUAAUUUAAUGAUUAAACGACGGUAAAUACUAAACAAUAGACUGUAAUAUGUAUUUUCUGAUGUUUUUAUUUAUUUAUCUGUCUUACCACUUAUUAUAAUGAAAGAAAUCAUUCAUGAAAUGAUUGUAUUUCUUCGUUAGCUAUGACCAUUGUAAAACAUCAUUAAAAAUAAUGAUAUAAAAAAUCUCAUAUACAUAGUUCCCUUUAUUAUUUUGUAAAGAGCAAGAAUAAAGAUUCUAGCAGAAUAACAUGAACUCAUUUUAUUUC